AUGGCUGGCGCCGAUGUUGAUGUGCCCCUCACUUGCAGCUCGAGAGGGGAGAUUCUCAGCAUUCAGUCUGAGAAGGUCAAGGUGUGGAAGCCGUGGGAUUCCGCAGAGGCAGAAGCAACCGAUGGUGCUCAUCCAGGGGAAGCGUCUUUUCGUAUUCUCUGUAGCAUAGCCCCUCAAUUGGCUCAAUCGUUCGGUCAACCCGCCGGCCACAAGAUCCAGCAGAGUAGCAGUACGUGGUCGAUGAUGAGGGCCGUCGUCAGAAGUGCCCCAGGAUACGUCAAGAAGGUCGAUCGGUGCAAGAUCAGCGCCGUAGGCCCAGGUACCAUGUACCCCCAAGCCCUGGUGUGUUGGGACAACUUUGGGAGUUGGGAUGUGCUGGACAGGGCCGUCGACUACGACGCUGACGAUUCCGCCGUCUUUGAGGUCGGCGCAGCAUGGGAUGCCCGAUUUCAGAAGACUUUGGGAGGGGACGGGGCAGGCUAG